CCUGAAGGUGUGAAGGCACCUUGUGGGGUCGGGAGCUCUUGUUACAUAGGCAUUCUGGACGAUAGCACCGUGCUCAAAUACCCGCUCGUCAAGGGUAGAGGUUGGGAACAUGUCGUUGCUGAAGAGAAAAUGUACAGCAUUCUCGGUCGCCAUCCCAGGGUUCUUACGUGCUUUGGUCUCAACGAGCACGGUCUUCGACUCGAAUUCGCGCCAAAUGGAACUGUGAAGCGCUUCCUGGAGUUAAAUGCGAAGUCGCUUUCAGCAAAGCAGAAAAUUAUUUGGUGUCGACAAACGGCCGAAGCUAUCACGCAUGCUCACUCGAGGUCCAUUAUUCAUUGUAACAUAUCCACAGAUAACCUUCUCCUAGAUGGUAAUCUGAACGUCAAGCUCUCAGAUUUUCAAGGGCGUGUCGAGGAUCCAUUUACUGGAUUAACGAUUAUUAACGGCUCCGCACUAGAGCCCGUUAAGUCAUACCUUCCCCGUCCUUUUGGUCAGGAUAAUGAAAGAUCGGAUAUCUUUGCCCUUGGUUCCACAUUCUACGAGAUCAUAACAGGACACGAGCCUUAUCCCGAGCUGGACAGCUUUGAUGACGAGGAAGAGAUUAGAGGACGCUAUGAGCGUGCUGAGUUCCCUGGCACGGACGCCGUUUUAGGUGGGGAGAUUAUCCGUAAAUGCUGGGUUCAACUUUAUCAAAAUGCUGCUCAGUGCUUGGCAGAACUCGUGGCUUUAGAG